UACUUGGAAAGCUGUGUUGGUUUGUUAGUUGAAAUCUUUCCAGCGUGUUGGUAUAACUGUUUUGCUUUCGAACGACACUGAAACUAUCGGGUGUCUUGCGACAAGGAAACGACAAACGAUUCUUUCAAUUUGCUUCCUGCCUCUUUGUUAGAAAUGGAGGCUACAAUGCGGCACUCGUACGGUCUGGGCCCUCGGGGUCCGGACCCACCUCGUGGAGCGCCACAGGGCCCGAGGCCCCAUCAACCUGCUCCAGGACCUUCAGGAGCUCCACGUCCUGACGAGCAGCACCACAAACCGUUCUUCUACAUCCAGCCCUCGCAGCCAUACGUGCCCAUGCAGAGUAUGCAGUGGCCUGUACCUGUGCCCAUGCCCAUGUCCUACAACCCAUACUACGGCUACCCCGGCUUAGGUUAUGGAAUGCCAAUGAUGCCCCACUAUCAGCCGAAUCCCUACAUGGAGCCCCCUGGCUUCGUUGUGCCCCACACCCACCUCCACCUGAUGGACUACAGACGCAUGCUCAACCCCCAGUACUACCACACCAUGGCCUACCACUCCCGCAGGUUCCGCUAUCAACACAACGGCCCGGCCCGAGAAAUGACCAGCUCUCAGGUUCAAACUGAGCCGCUGUCUGCAACCCAGAGGACCAGCACCCCGGGUUCCAGCGACACCGAAGCCUCCAGUGGCCUCUCAGUCUGCAGCAGGGAUACCCCCAGUGUCCCCGCCGGCCAGUCGCUCUCACCACCCUCGACUGUGCAGAAGAGGAAUCAUUCUCUCGAGCGUAAAGACAUUUCGCCGCCAUCCCCGACCAGGACGCCACCAAAUGGCAGCUUCACGAUUCAGACCGAGGAAGUGAGGAUUGAGUGCUGCACUACGCCGGUGGGACUGCAACUCCUGCACUCUCAUGAGACCGCAGAAGUGUCCCACAGGUACUCGCAGGACAUGGUCCAGUGUAGCUCCGUCCUCCAGGGCGGUGUGCUGCAGGAUGACGGACUGAGCCUUCCUGCGCACCAGUCAGAGCAGGCACUCCAGGCUUGUCCUGACAUACUUUUAGUCGGGACAAACGCCGGCGGUGACGAGAUCUCUGCUCUCGAGGAGUCCAGGAAUCAGGUGGACCCUGACACCGAGACCUCCAAUUUGGGAUCUCAAGGUGACGUUGAGGAGACGAGGAGCAUGAAAGACCUGAGUAACUUCAAUUUCAAAGUUGUUCACCUGCCCUUUGACCCCAAGUAUCUGGAUGAGCUGCGGAAGAUGGAGUCCACGGUUUGGUCCAUGGAGGAAACCUUGAUGCCCUCCCCUGAAUCGCUGAUUCAAAAUGGCGGCACAGACUCUCACGAGGAAACGCUGGCUGCUGUUGCGGGAGUGUCCUCGGAGGAUGCUCUGUCGCUGAGCGAGGAAGCUCCUACAGAAGACCUCAUCUCCAUGAUUGAGAUGCCUCCUCUGGCGGAGGAUGAACUGGAGGACAUGGUUCCCACUGUGGAGGGUCCUGUGGUCGAGAUGGAGUUUGAAGAGGAUAUCUGCCCCGUGAUGGAUGUCGCAGAGGAAGCUCGUCUCACCAAGUUGAUGCACACAGCAGAGGUAGAUCUUGCACAUAAUUUGUUGCAUAACAGAAACCAACAUGGAAGAAAAACUGACAUCCAGGAUCACCAGGACACGUCAUUUGAAUCGUUGCCCGCCUACCUCCCCUCAACCAGCUGGUUCGCCGACUUCGACAAUGUCUACUGUUGUAGCAAGUUGCCACCAACUCCCAAGAAGCAGAGCAAACCCCUGAGCAACUGUGGGUUAGAUGUGCCAGCCAGAAGAAGAAAACUAGACCUCGAGUACAAAGAACAGCAUACAGCCUGCAAGCAGAGAGAGCGGUACAAACCCAAAGGGAAGGUGGAUCGGCGAAGCCUCUCGGACCACGAAUGCUGCCUCAGAAGAACGUUCAAUGAGAACGCGUUCACCUCGUACGCACCCACGAGGGAGCGACUUUGCUCCAGAUGUCUGGCAAAAAGCAAGAUCUGCACAUCUGCCAGUCCAGGGACCGACGGCAGGAGCUUAAAAAGAAAAGCUGUUCCCCUCCAGCAGUGGAAUGACGCACUCAUACCAACAUGCGACGCGUGCAAGUUUCACACCAAGAAACUCAUGAGAAAGAGCUCCAGCCCCGAUGUCCGCGGCCUCCAUCACGGACACAACACCGAGGGAGAGUCGUCCGAGAACAGCUCGUGUCGCAGAGGACCAAAGUGGAGGCCAGCCGACGAGCCGAGGACGUUCACGGACUUCAAGCGGCCGCUGGCCUCCAAGCAGAACCGAAAGAAGAGUCCCGAAGCGCUGCAGCCGAAGCUGAGGGAAAAGAACUGUGUGUGUAGCGAGCUGCAGCAUCAGCCUGCUGCGUGGGAGAGGCUGCGCCACCGCCACCAUGGCAACAACAUCCCAGAGAGGGACGAGAACAGCGCCGCGCCCGUUUCCCUGCAGGACAAAUGGAGGAAUGCAGAUCAGAUUUACCUGACGCACAGGUGGCAAGCUGAUAAAUCGUGGAAAGCGGUGAUGCCUAACCCUGAUGUUGACUGCUCCAAGAACGAAGCCAGAACACAACACUUGAAUUAUCACAAGAAAUCACAAUCACAAGGAACUCGUAGAAAAGACACACGAUGCUGAUUUGCACAAGAGCACAUAGUGGGGGAAAAAACACUUUUUAACAAAAUAACUAUGUACACUUAAAUUAUAUUUUCACUUCAUGUAAUUGUACAUAAACUCACUAUGUUCACUAUUUAUUAACACUUGAAUAA